UGCAGCUGUUGGUAGGAUGUGAGGAGUGGAGAGGACCUCUUGCCUUGCCACUGAGGGAAGCUGUUUGCUUCUAGUAUAACUGCAUCUUUGGGGCAAGAUUCGUCAUCCUCCUCUUGAGACGAAAAGGGGUUAUUUGCCAUUUGCUGAUUCAGGAGCCAUGAGAAGACAUAUGGUGUCUCAUUCCUGGCAGGUCUUGAAAAAGGAACUGGGGCUGUACCAGCUCGCUAUGGAUAUCAUAAUGAUGCUCCGGGUGUGUAAAAUGUUCCGCCAAGGCCUCAGGGGAUUCCGCGAGUAUCAAAUCAUUGAACCUGUUUACAGAAGAAACCCUAUCUUCUCCUUCUGGGAUAAAAGGAAGCAAGGCCGAAUUACGUUUGAUACCAUGGACUUCAUUGCAGAGAAGGGUCACUUCCCUCCAGAAGCCAUUAAGAUCGUGCAGAAGCAACCUUCCUGGAGGGAGGAACACGAGAUCCAAGUCCUGUGCAACAUCCUGCAGUCUCUGGAAAGCUUUCGAACCUACUCCGAGUCUCUGCAGGUGCUCCUGGCCAAGGUCAUGCGCUUUGAACGGUUCGGUCGCAGGCGUGUGAUUUUCAGGAAGGGGCAGAGGGGCAGCAGCUUUUACUUCAUCUACUUAGGGACAGUCGCAGUGACAGAGGAUGAAGAUGGCAGCAGUGCCUUCCUAGACCCCCACCCGACAUUGCUGCAGAAGGGCAGUUGUUUCGGGGAAAAGGGCCUUCUGAGUGCGUUGGUAAGGUGGGCCACUGUGGUCUGCAUGGAGGAGACGGAGUUCCUGGUUGUCGACCGGGAGGACUUCCUUGCUAAUAAACUGGAUGAGGAAAUUCAAAAGGACAGUCAGUAUCGGUUUGAAUUGUUUAGGGGCAUGGAUCUAUUUCGGUCAUGGUCUGAUGAGAGGCUCCAGCAGCUGGUAACCCUGGGCAAGAUAGAGAAAUUCCCAUACGGGCAGCUGAUCACAAAAGACUUGGUAGAGUCAUCAUGCAUCAUGUUUGUCUGCAAGGGCAGCUGUGAAGUGCUGCGGCUGAUAGACCUUGGGAGCUCCCCUUACUAUUACAAGUGGGUCUGGCAACAUCUGGAGCUGAUAGAUGACAAACCUCUGAGCGCUCACGUCAACGAACCAGAUCCUAUGGUGAGAUUUCAGGAAUUCCAGAUCAAAUCAUAUCCUGUACAGGACUUCAGCUCUCUAAAACUUCUGCAUCUCCAGGAAGCCAGGAAGCAACAAGGGAUAAGCUUCAGUGAACCAACAAAACUCUCAGAAAAUAGUCUUCCCAGGAUGCUGGGCCCAAAGAUCAAAUCCAAGUGUUCCCAUUCAAUCAAGUGUUCCAUGCUCAAAACCAAGUUUGGUGAGCUCCCCAAGGAGGCAGCCGUGGGGGCCUACAUGAAAAUCCACACUGUGGAGCAAGGAGAAAUUGUGGGCUUUCACCAGGCCUUCCUCCCAGAGAACCAACGUGACAUGCGGCCCUUUAUUCUGGUGAGCCUGGGAGCUGAGUUGAUCGAGUUAAGGAGAGAAAAAUUUCUUGAAUUGAUUGAUGAUGAGACAAGAAAAAAAUUGACAACAAUGGAUGUUGAAUACCCCAGCGAUGAAGAAAUGUGCCAGAGGUUCCUUAAGGAGAACAGCUGGAAUAUCUUUCGGAAGGACCUGGUGCGGCUGUUGGUAGAACCUCGCCAAAAGGCCCCAUUCGUCCCAGUCCAGCCACAGAAGAAAAGGAUCUACAACCCUAAAUCUUUGGUCCUGGAUCUGUAUAGCAUCAACAAGAAGGUUAAACCACGUUAUCCCAUUUUUAUGGCACCCCAGAAAGACCUCCCCCCACUUAGGAUUGUCCAAGCCAUCUCAGCACCCCAGCACAAGAUCCAGUAACUCCCGCCUAAGUAUAAGAAUGUGGGGUUCCUUCUUUAGAACCAAUAAAGGAUAUUGGAUUGUC